AGUUGUACUUUGCGAGACCGUCCACAUUGCAAAACAUGAGAGGCUAUAGCAUUGUUGGAAUACUUGGAAUGUUUGCACUUCUUGUAAGUGCGACGGCAUCGUCGGGAGAGGAUACUACCAUUGACAAUACAACAGAUGGAUCUACCACUGAGGAUGCGACUACGGAGGAGGCAACUACGGAGAUACCUACCACAACACUGCCACCUCCAGUCCUGUGUCCUGAUGGAGAAUUAUUUCUUCCAGCACCUGACUGUAGGCAGUAUUAUCAGUGCCUCUAUGGUGAGGGAAUUUUGAGACUAUGCCCUGAUGGUCUCUAUUGGGAUCGUGAACUGAAUGUAUGUGCCUGGGACUCACAGUAUUGUGCGGACGAGGCAAACAAGUCCACGGAGGCUCCGGCCCUGAGCUGUUCAUCUGGCUUGUCAUUUUUACCCUAUCCACCCGAUUGCACCAAAUUCAUCCAGUGUGUCUACAACAUUGGGAUUAAAUUGAGCUGCCCCAGUGGGCUGUUCUGGAACCAACCACUUCAAACGUGUGACUAUAGCUGCGACAAUGCAGUCAAGUUCUCCAAUGAAUUUCAGGUGCAAUAACCGCCAAUAAUUGAGGUAGUAUUUUGUAACACACCAAAAAUGUCCAUAAAUACUAAUCGAAAUAAAGAAAUAACAAUUCAACGUAA